CCCCGCCCUCCCACAGGUCUCUUAGGUGAUGCUGCAGCCAAGAUGGCGCUGGCGGCGGCUUUGGUGGCCUGAACGAGAUGCUCCGGGUCCUCGGCAGCAGCGGCGGCGGCGGCUGUGGCCUCGGCCAGGGCCUCAGGACUGUCCCCGGCGUGAGUGCCCAGGAGCCUCUCCUCCGGCCGGGUUAACCCGGACAAAGAGGAGACGGCCACAGAGGGAGGAGACAGUGAGGAAAGGAAAGCGCGCAGCACCUCCCGCCCUGGCACCAUGGCUGGGCUCAUCAAAAAACAGAUCCUGAAACACCUUUCCAGCGAUCCCUGCUGGCUGUGGUGGAGAUUGGUGUGCUGUGAAUUUCAUAAUCACCCAAAUGAGUACCAGAGGAGUCUAAGAAACCCUGGCAACUGACUACUUGCUUUCACCAGGAAUAGGGACCUUUUGUCUGAAAUUUCCUGCCCUCAGAUUUACCAAAAAUUUAUCUCCUGACAAGAUAAAUCUAAGUACCCUUAAAGGAGAAGGUGAACUGAAGAAUUUGGAGUUGGACGAAGAGGUGCUCCAGAAUAUGUUGGAUUUGCCAACAUGGCUUGCUAUCAACAAAGUUUUUUGUAAUAAAGCAUCUAUUAGGAUCCCAUGGACAAAACUGAAAACACAUCCCAUCUGUUUGUCCCUGGAUAAAGUAAUAAUGGAAAUGAGUACAUGUGAAGAACCACGAAACCCUAAUGGCCCAUCACCAAUUGCAACUGCUUCAGGACAAAGUGAAUACAGCUUUGCUGAAAAAGUAGUUGAGGGAAUUACUGUUUCUGUAAAUUCCAUUGUCAUCCGCAUUGGAGCAAAAGCCUUCAAUGCAUCCUUUGAGCUUUCCCAGCUACGGAUCUAUAGCGUGAAUGCAAACUGGGAACCUGGGGAUUUAAGAUUUACUCGCAUUCAGGAUCCACAGAGAGGAGAGGUUUUGACAUUUAAAGAAAUAAAUUGGCAGAUGAUUCGAAUAGAGGCCGAUGCUACCCAAAGUUCACAUCUUGAAAUUAUGUGUGCUCCUGUUCGAUUAAUAACCAACCAAUCAAAAAUCAGAGUCACACUUAAAAGAAGAUUAAAAGACUGCAAUGUCAUUGCAACAAAGUUAGUUCUAAUAUUGGAUGACCUAUUAUGGGUUUUAACGGAUUCUCAGUUGAAGGCUAUGGUACAAUAUGCAAAAUCUCUUAGUGAAGCAAUAGAAAAAUCAACAGAACAAAGGAAGAGUUUGGCUCCUGAACCUACACAGAGCUCUACAGUAGCCCCAUCUGCACAGCAAGUGAAGACACCACAGACUUCAAAUGCUCCUGAUCUAAAUGAUGCAAUUGUGAAACUAUUUAAUGACUUUGAUGUUAAAGAAACCUCUCAUCAUUUAGUGAUUUCUCAUCUAGAUCUACACAUAUGCGAUGAUAUUCAUGCUAAAGAAAAAGAGUCAAACAGACGUAUUACUGGAGGGGCUAUGCAACUGUCUUUUACACAGCUAACUAUAGAUUAUUAUCCUUAUCACAAAGCAGGAGAUAGUUGUAAUCAUUGGAUGUAUUUUAGUGAUGCAACCAAGACAAAAAAUGGAUGGGCCAAUGAGUUGUUACAUGAAUUUGAAUGCAACGUUGAAAUGCUUAAACAGGCUGUAAAGGAUCAUAAUGUAGGUUCACCUCCUAAAUCCCCAACUCAUGCUUCUCCUCAGCACACACAAACAGAGAAAGACUCAGCUUUGAAAGGGACUUCCAGAACACCUUCAGUAUUAUCUCAACAAUCUAAAGCUAAGUUAAUGUCUAGUUCUGUCGUGGUUAGACUUGCAGAUUUCAAUAUCUACCAGGUCUCUACAGCAGAACAAUGUCGUUCUUCCCCCAAAAGUAUGAUUUCUUGCAAUAAAAAAUCCCUGUAUCUUCCACAAGAAAUGUCAGCUAUCUAUAUAGAAUUCACAGAAUAUUACUAUCCAGAUGGAAAGGAUUUUCCAAUUCCAUCUCCCAACCUUUAUAGCCAGCUGAAUGCACUACAAUUUACUGUGGAUGAAAGAAGUAUUCUGUGGUUAAAUCAAUUUGUGUUGGAUUUAAAACAGAGUCUUAAUCAAUUUAUGGCUGUAUACAAGUUGAAUGACAAUUCAAAGUCUGAUGAGCAUGUUGAUAUUCGAAUUGAUGGCUUAAUGCUAAAGUUUGUCAUUCCUUCUGAAAUGAAAUCUGAACAUCAUCAAGAUCAACCACAUGCAAUAUCUAUUCAGAGCUCUGAAAUGAUUGCCACAAAUACAAGGCACUGUCCAAACUGUCGACAUUCUGAUCUAGAAGCUUUAUUUCAAGACUUCAAAGAUUGUGAUUUUUUCAGUAAAACGUAUACCAGCUUCCCUAAAUCUGGUAACAAUUUUAAUCUUCUACAUCCAAUCUUCCAGAGACAUGCUCACGAACAAGAUACCAAAAUGCAUGAAGUUUAUAAAGGAAAUAUUACUCCUAAAUUGAAUAAACACACUCUUAAAACUUCCUCUGCCACAGAUGUUUGGGCUGUGUACUUUUCUCAAUUUUGGAUAGAUUAUGAAGGGAUGAAAAGUGGAAAAGGACGACCAAUAAAUUUUGUAGACUCCUUCCCUCUUUCCUUCUGGAUUUGUCAACCAACGAAGUAUGCACUGUCACAAAAAGAGCUGCAGACUUGUAAUCAGGUAUCUUUAAAUACAUCACAAAGUGAAUCUAGUGACCUUACUGGGCGAUUGAAGCGGAAGAAGCUCUUGAAGGAGUAUUACAGUACAGAGUCUGAGCCCUUGACAAAUGGUAGUCAGAAACCUUCUUCAGACACUUUUUUAAGAUUUUCCUCUUCAUCCUCAGAUGCAGAUAUUCAUGUCCUGGUUCACGUUCAUAAACAUGUUAGUAUGCAGAUCAAUCACUACCAGUAUCUGCUCCUGCUUUUCCUCCAUGACUCACUUCUUCUGCUUUCAGAGAACUUAAGGAAAGAUGUAGAAGCUGUGACUGGCAGUCCUGCUACUCAGACAUCCAUUUGCAUUGGAAUUUUACUUAAAAGUGCAGAAGUGGCUCUUUUGCUACAUCCAGUGGAUCAAGCAAAUACUCUUAAGUCUCCUGUUUCUGAAAGUGUGAGCCCAGUGGUUCCUGAUUAUUUGCCUACAGAAAAUGGAGAAUUCUUGUCUUCAAAAAGAAAAGUUAGUAGUGGUAUAAAUCAAAUUAGAAAUAUAACUGUUAAUCAUAUGUCAGACAGCAGAUCUAUGAGUGUUGACCUUAGUCAUGUCCCUUCGAAGGAUCCUUUGCUUUUUAAAUCAGCUAGUGAUACAAAUCUACAAAGAGGUAUUUCUUUUCUGGAUUAUUUAUCAGAUAAAAAUUUAGGGAAAAUAAGUGAAGAUGAAAGUAGUGGAAUUGUUUGCAAAAGUGGCUCCAGAGAAAUUGAAAGUGAUAAAAAGGAUUUAUCUUAUACACAUUCAAAUAGUAUCUUAAACUACAGAGAAGAUUCAAGUUUGCUGUCAUUUGAUAAUGAUGGUAAUCAAAACAUGCUUUCAAAUAGUUUAACUAGUAAAGGAAGUGAAACCAUAGAGUUGAUCUUUAAAGCUGAAGAUUUGCUUCCAGAAACAGUUUCACUCUCUGAGAACCUGGAAAUCAGUAAAGAAGAAGCAUCUGCAGUUAGAACACUUAAAUCCCAGUCAUCUUUAAGUGGAAAACCUAAGGAACGGUGCCCACCCAACCUGGUUCCACUCAGUGUUCCUUAUAAGAAUAUGAAAAGAAGCCCUUCACAAACCUCACUGGAUACCAUUUCACUUGACAGUAUGGUAUUGGAAGAACAGGUGUUAGAAAGUGAUGGAUGCGAUAGUCAUAUGUUUUUGGAGAAAGAUAUUAAAAAGAAUUCAACUACAAAUUAUCAGAGCCCAGCAGAUAGUGCAAAUGCCAGUGCAAACCUACAGAAUUAUGGUGAAACCUCACCAGAUGCCAUCAGUACAAAUUCAGAGGGUGCUCAAGAAAAUCAUAAUGACUUGAUGUCAGUCGUGGUAUUUAAGAUUACUGGUAUUAAUGGGGAAAUUGACAUCCGAGGAGAAGAUACAGAAAUCUGUCUUCAAGUGGACCAUGUGAUACCAGAUCAGUUAGGCAACAUCAGUCUCCGGCAUUACCUUUGUAAUCGUCCAGUAGGUUCUCAUCAUAAAGCUGUCAGUCAUUCCAAAUCUUCUCCUGAGAUUACUCUAAGAUUUGAAAGUGGGCCUGGUGCUCUAAUACACUCUGUGCUUGCAGAAAAAAAUGGUUUUUUACAAUGCCAUAUAGAAAACUUUAGCACUGAGUUUCUUACUUCUUCUCUUAUGAAUAUUCAACAUUUUUUGGAAGAUGAAACUGUUGCAACAGUGAUGCCAAUGAAGAUACAAGUUUCUAACACAAAAAUAAAUUUAAAAGAUGACAGUCCUCGUAGUAGUACAAUAUCCUUUGAACCAGCUCCUGUAACCGUUCAUAUUGAUCAUCUUGUGGUAGAGAGAAAUGAUGAUGGCUCUUUUCAUAUCAGAGAUUCUCAGAUGCUUAACACUGGAAAUGAUUUGAAAGAAAGUGUCAAAAGUGAAUCAGUGCUGCUUCCCAGUGAAAAGCAUGAUCUGAAGAAACAACACAGUAUCACUCAAGCCACUCAGACAAGUCCAGGAGUUCCUUGGUCUUCGCAAUCAGUUAACUUUCCUGAGUGCUCUUUUAACUUUACUAGGGAACAGCUCAUGGAAGAGAAUGAAUCUCUUAAACAGGAAUUGGCUAAAGCUAAAAUGGCUCUUGCAGAGGCUCACUUGGAAAAAGAUGCUCUUCUUCAUCAUAUAAAGAAGAUGACAGUCGACUAGCCGGAGUGUCAGUCAGAAACUCACAUUAGAGCUCUGGGGUAGGGAGGUUUUGUUUAUUAUGUGAUGUUACCAAUUAGUGGAAGACUUUCCUUUUCAUGAAAAGACAAUAAAAUGAAAGUGGUGACUAUUCCGAAGCCAGUUUAGAAAGUAUUAGGUACGGGCAUUACAAUCUUUUGGUUGUUUUGUGUUUUGGGGUUUUACCCUCUUUUAAAUUGGUACGAUAUAAGGAAGUCAACACAUACUGUAAAAUAAUUACAUGUCUAAUGAAAAGAAGAUGUCAUUUCCUAAUUUUGGCAUCACACUAUAGGCAUUUUUUAAAGAGAGAAAUGAAAACCUAUUGUGUUCCACAGAUUGCUGAAUUUAUUGCUAUCAGUAAUUACUAUUAUUUACAAAGAUUCAAAUGCUUUUAGGGCUAAUGUAAAAGAAAAGGAGGCUUACAUUUUAAAUGUUAUAAUGUACUUUAUAAUUAUUUAAGUACUGUAAAAAAGUCCAAUCAGAUUGAUGAAUUAUGUAAUUACUGGUUUUGAAAAUUCUGGAAAAUGAUCACUCAACUGAACUUAUAAAGUAACUUGAAAACGUGAAAAAAAAUCAUUUUAAAUGAUGGGUAAACUGUAUAAGUUGAAGCUAUAGUUUUCACACACAAAAAAGAUGGUACAAAUAUAAAAAUAAAAAGCACAAACUGUAUAAAAACAAAACAUUAGAGUAUAUGGCCAACUGUUUUAAAAAGCAUUACUUGUACAUUUCUUGAAACAUUUAUUGUUAGAAGAAUAAUUUAACUAGCCUACUAAAUUUGGCAGUGUUUAUAAGAAUUUUAAUUAAUACUAUUUAUACUAUUUCUUUACUUUCAUCUUUUCUCUAUUUAAGGAAGGAAAUGUUUUCAGAGAAUUUUCUUUACACAUACAAAAAAGUUUCAUACCAUUCUUGUAGUAUUAUAUUAGAUGGGUGUUUGCACAUACUGAAUUUAUAUAGCUAGUUUUGAUUAAAGUUCUAUGUGACAUAUAUGCUAUCUUCUAUAAUAAGAAUAAUUGGUAAAUUUUGAAUUCUAUUUUCUAGAGGUUGUUAAGAUUGAAGCCAACAUGAGAGAAUCUCAAUCAUACAUUAUGAAAUAAAAGUUCAUGAGUGUUUAAGAAACAGAAGCUUUUAAAGAUUUAAAAUAUAUUUCUGAUAGAAUUAAAUUUAGUGGGGUCUCGUUUAAAAUUCACAUUCUUAAACAUAAAUAUAUUAAGAUAGAACAUGAAACAACUGGAAUACUUUUUCUUUAAGAUACUUGAAAAUCGUAAGCCACAUUAUGACACUUUAUGGUGCUUUGUUGGCAUGACUGAUACAGCCAUCCUUAUGUCUGAAUAGCUGGAGGAAAAUACAUUUUUCAUUUACUUAAGUGUUGGAGUGACUUGGAUUUUAUUGAGAAAAGUACUGACCUUUUUUCCUCUCUUCUAUAACACCCAUUUUCAUUGACAUUAUUUAAAAAUACAGGUCCUGUUUUGGGAGCUGAGGAUACAGCAAAGAACAAAUUAAAUUAUUAUUUUACCUCAGAGUAUUUUAAAAAUCAUGUUAAACCCUGUUAAUAUAAACUAUAUAAUAGUCUUAGAUUAAAAGCAAAGGUCUAAAGAUUUAAAAUGUAUAGUUAAUAUUCUUAGUAGAGUACUUUUGAUUUGUAGGUAUAUAGUCAACAAAAGCAGUUUCUCAUGUAGACAAACAGAUUUGAUAGGACAUUAACUUCUUCAGAGCCUGACAGUGUUUCUCAGGAUUGACCUGUUUGCUCUAUAUAAAUUUUAAAUAUAUGGAAUAAUUGGUUAGUGCUAUAGAAGCGGAAUGUUUUCCUUAUUCCUUUCCAAUUUAUUUGGCCUUCCGAAGAAAAUCAUAUGUACAGUAGAGAUGACAAUAUGGAUCUGAGCAUUCUAUAUGCUUUGUUGGAAUUUUAAAAAUUUAUAGUGAGUACUAUUUUUAUAGAGAUUGAAAAUUAAUAAAACACUGGCAAAAACACUAUCUCAUGUAAUUCCCACAACAAACCUGCAAGAUAGGUAUUAACUCACAUUUUAAAAGUUGAAUAAAAACCCUAGGCUCAGAAAGAACAAGUGACUUGACUGAAAUCACAAUUAAUAACCCACUCUUUUGACUUAAAUCUCAAUUACAUGCUUUUUUCCACUUUAGUUAUUAAUGCACAGAUUUUGCCAGGAGAGGGGAGAAGAAUCACUGUAAUGUUACCGAUCAGGGGAAGGAAAUGAUAAUCAUGUUUUGCAUUUUAAUUUCAUGUAUGUCAGAAGCAUUUUCUUGAUAUCUUGUAUUUUUUCUUUUCUCAUUUAAUCGAAGAAUUUCAGAAAACCGCCAUAUGACACGUUAUGAUGAAGCAUUAUUUUUAUUUAAGUCAUGUGAGAAUGGCUGUGUAUAACUGCAGACAAAUAUAUGUGGAAAAAUUAAUCAGGAACUUCUCUCUGGGUUUUUAUUGUAGUUAUUGUUAUUUAGUAACUUCUUCUUUUAUAAGUUUUUAUUAACCUCCAGUCUGUUCAAGGCAUCUUCCUAUUUCAAUGAAUGGCAACACCAUCACCCUGGUUCCCAAACUAGUAACCUAGAAUUCAUCUUAGACACCUUCCUCUCUCUGACUUUCUCGCCCCGUGCUCACCGAUUCAUUACCAGGUCCUGUCAUUUUACCUUGUAAACAUCUCUCAAAUUUAUGUGCUUCUCUCCACUUUUCACCCCCUUUUUAUCUGAGCUACCAUCAGCACCUUUGGCCUGCAUUACUGGAAUUGCCUCCUGACUAGUCUUCCUAUAGCUACUCUGGACUUCCUCAUAUCCAAUCUCUAUAUGCAGGCAGAGUUCUUUUUUUUUGAAGUGCAUUUUUAAUCGAGGCAACCCAUCUACCCCAUUCUCACCCCUAGCUUAAAACACUUUGAUGACUUUUCAUUGCUCUUAAAACGAAAACCAAAUAUUUUAUGUGACCUAUGAGGCCAUAUAUAUUAUGUCCAUCAUUUAUUUUAUAGGGUAACUGAGCAUUAAAAGAGUUAAUGUCUCAAAACAUUAAAACUGUGGCUGGCACAUCACCUAAAAAGCACUGAAUAGAAGUUAGUUAUUACUACUGCUUUUUCAGCCUCAUUGUGUACCAUUUUUCAGUUACUUUCUGUUCUAUUUUCAUUGCACUUUAAGUAUCUGGAAUAAGUGAGAAUAAAGUGCUUUUUCCAUAUUGGGAUCUUAGUUCAUGCUAUUCCUUUGGCUUGAAAUACCUUUCCCUGUUCAUUGUCUAGUUAAUUUCUAUUUGUCUUUCAGUUAGGUCAUUUCAUCGCUUCCUCAGGGAAGGAUUCCUUAAUACCUGUCACAAAGCAAGACUGCUGUUACAGAUUAUCGCUUAGACACAUACCUCUACUUAGCAUUGAACACCUUCGUAAUUUUAUAUGUAUUGGAUUAAUGUAAACUCUCUAGAUUGUAAACUCCAUGAGGACAGGAAUUGUGUUUUUGUUGUCAUUGUUCACUUUGUAUUCCUUAUGCCUCACACAGUGCCUGGCACAUAGUAGGUACUCAAUUUGUUGAAAGAAUAAAAUGAAUGAAUGAGG